CAAUUUCAGAUAAUCAAUCUCAUUGCAAAGUCUUUCAAUUUAAUUUGACAUCAAUUAUGUCUUCUGGCGGUAACAGUUCAAAUGUGAAUAGAAAUUCUGGGAGUAGCAAUGUGAUUACUUUGAAUGAUUCUGACGAAGAAACCGAGGACAGCAAUUUGGGCAGCAGCUCGUCCACAAAUCUUUGCAAAGUAUGCGGAGCCGAAAAAGCUGCUCUUCACUACGGAGCACUGAGCUGUGUCGGAUGUAAAGGCUUCUUCCGUCGGGCUCUUCUGAAGGCUGAUCAACUGGAAUGUGCUGCAAAUGGAGAGUGUACAGUUAGUGUUUUGCAGAAAACCCAAUGCAGAAGCUGUAGAUUCAAUAAGUGCCUACGCGAAGGAAUGAAUCCUGCUUAUGUCCGCCCAAACCGAGACGCACCUCCAAAGCCACGUAAGCCGACAACUACAGUAGCCACGUGCGAUCAAACUGAUCGUGGUAGGACCACAAAAAGCCGCGAGGAGUGGAUGAAAAAGAUGACGGUUGAGAUGAGAACAAUAUUAAUGACACUGUUGAAUAUUGAGACAAAAGUAAUGAAAGGAGAUACACAACAAGAAGCAUCAAAACUGUACCCGCUGAAAGGAAUUGAUAAGCUCAGUGAUAUCAUUGAAACACCGAUUCAAUUAAAAGGAAAACGAACAGAAAUGAGAUAUGAAGCAUACAGAAUGGCUGGAAAUGAUGAGUUAUGUGCAAUUGCCUAUCGGAGGUUGAUUGCUGCAAUUGAUUGGGUUGAAUCGCUGUCACCACUGUUGGGACACCUAACGCCUCAGGAUAAGAUAGCACUGGUCAAAUCUUCAUUCGCCCCACUUAUGGUCUUCAAUUUUUGUGCGAGAACAGCAGAAGCUUGUCAGGAUGAGAAUGUUCUAUGCCUUUGUAAUUUUGCAUAUGUUCCACGGAAUAUAUCAAAAAUGUAUGAGGACACAUAUCACCUCGGCAACGGACUCGUGGAACGUGCUCUAAAUGAGCUUGUAGCAGUAUAUCGGGAAUAUGGUAUGAGAGAAGAGGAAAUUGUUUGCGUGAAUGCAAUGAUUUGUCUGAAUCCUCUGGCAAAAGAUGUAUCGGAUUCUUUGUUUGAAAAGAUUGUUGAGCUGAGAAAUCGAAUUGCUGAUUGUCUUUUUUCAAUUGUUAAGGAGGUUCGAUUAAGUCCGACACCGAAUGUAUGUUACGGACAUAUACUUCUUUCAUUGGCUACUGUUACAGAACUAGCAAAUGCGAUGAGUGAAAAUCUCCAAUUUGCUCAAACAUUUUCAAAUCAAGGAGAAAUUCCACUUCUCACUGACUUAUUCGGCUGUUUCACAGUUGAACCAUUUUUCAAAGAAGUCGACGAGCUGGCGGCAAUGAGUUUGGAAAAGGCGAAAGCUGAAAAGAAGAAGGAAAUGAGUACACAAACUGAUAGGUUGCCUCCUCCAAGAGCAUUAUUGAAACGACAAGCAACUAUCGAUGAGGACAGCGAAGAACCUGCUCGACAGAAUUUUCGACUUUUGCAGCCUCCAAACAAUUUCUACAUUACUGAAAUGUUGGAUGAUUUGAGGGCACCCUCUUCCACCCAAUCGUCGUCUGAUGAUCCUAAUUCUGCUAUGAACAAUCACGCCGAGAAUCAUUUGAUAAGUCUCAACUUUGACGCUUCAAACGUUUCGAAUGCAAUCGCUUCGAGACCCAGUUUUGAGGAUUUGGGUACUGUACCAAGUGGUUCAACAGUAACACGACGAAUUGGGAGUAAUAUUCAAGGACCAUCCCACCUCCCUCAAUGUGGUUCUACAGUAACCCAAAGACCUACAGUACCCUCCUCCACAACAUCCUCCACAUUCUACAAUUUCCCUCCACCACCUGGUUAUCCACCAUUAAAUGCUGGAUACACACCGAAUGUCAACUAUCCGAAUUUGUAUCAACAACCACAGUAUUUCCAGAAUUUUCAGCAAAAUAAUUACCCAUCUCAAGUCAUGGAACAGCAAAAUUAUGGAAAUGUUGAAAGUACCAGUUACCCAUUUCCACGAAAUGAUGGUUUUGUGUAUAAUCAUCCGAAUAUUCCAUACUCACAUCAUAAUAAUAGUCUACAACAAAAUAAUUUUCAUAAUCAAUAUGCAAAUUAGGUCUUCAAAUGAUCAAGCGUCCGACACCUGACGGGCCAGAACCCGUAAGAUGUCGGGCGCUUUUCUUUUCCCCCUCCUCCUCCACAUUUCCUACAAUCCGGUGGCAUAAUUCUUCACUUUUCAUAUGGUUUUCUAUUUGGUCAAAUGCUGAUGAUUUACGUGUAAUUUCUCCCGAAUUUCUAUCAAAUUUCUUUGCGAUUCUUGCGAUAAUAUGUGAUUUUCAAGGUUUUAUGAAUAAAAUUUUAUAUUAAACUUU